CAAUAUUGCAAGAUCACGAAACAAGAAAAAUUUAUAAACCCUAUCACUAUCAGUUACAUUACUGUUCAAGUUUACAGGGCGUUCUAUGAUGAUCAAAUGUCUAUCUUUAUUUGAGGAGUAUAGAAUUAUAAUAUUAUACAAUAUUGCAGCAAGUAGGAUAUGUUAAUUGUAACUGGGAGGAAAUUUCAAUAUUUAUUGUGACCUGGGAACCUUUACUUCAUUAUCUAACAUACUCAAUGAAUUCAUUGGAAUUUACUUUUGUCACUCUGCUACAAUGGGCAAGUCUUCAAAAAUUAGCCAAACAUGAUGUUAUUGGAUUUAGCAAUAAUUCUAUUUUGAAUAGCAUGGAACGAUUUAUUCAAACAGUGCGUGAGAUGGAAGAUACGAUUUUAAUUCCCAGUCGACUACUAGAUUUAACAGUAGGCGAUUCACAGGAUAGGCUUCAGUUAGGGGACGAACGUAGUUCUAUUAUCAACGCAACUUUGGCUAAUACCAAUUUAUAUCACCUUUAUAACGUUAUUAGUCAAAUGAAAAUCGAGAUGUUAUGGUCACAGAAUUGUAUGGAUAAUUUUCAAGAAACAGAGGAUGAUUUUGUUCUGUCAACCGAAACGUUAAAACGCGCUAGGACUUCGAGUAGUACGUCGAUGUAUGGUAUGCAAAGUAUCUAUACUUCCUCUAAUUCAGAAUCCGAUACUUUUAUUGAAAAUAAUUUUGGAGGGGAAAAUGAGAAUGAUGUUAGUGCUACUGCACAGUCUUUUAAGAAGCAUUUACGUGGAUUACAUCGAAACAUACAAAAGAUGACAUUGGCUGCUGAAUAUUUGAUACUAAGAUAUCAGAAUGUUAUCGAUCAUUAAACAUGAUCAUUUCAUGAACGGUUGAAAGUAUGUUAAAUAUAUGUAUUAAUUUUAUUUAGCGAAAUAUUUAAACAAAUAUCGGCAUUGAAUAAAUUGUACACAUUGCAUACAUGCACAUACAUUGAUAUUUAAUGUACUGUUUUUGAAUUAUAUUUAUUAAACAUUAAAUAAAAAUUAAAA